AUGGCCGAUAUAAAGCUUUAUAACAUCCUCGAAGUCCUCCUGGGUGCCAGUGAAAAUAAACUCAAGAAAGCAUAUAGAAAGUUGGCUCAGGAAUGCCACCCUGAUGAGAAUCCAAAUGCUGGAGACAAAUUCAAAGAAAUAACUAGAUCUGAAGUUCCUGAUGUGACUGGUGACACAGAAGUGGAUCUUCAGGAAUCUGAUAGCGCUUGGGGCCCUACAAGUGAUCAGAGGAGGGAAGCUUAUAAUGACAGCUCUGAUGAGGAAAGUAGCCAUCAUGGACCUGGAGUGUGCCCAUCAAGGGAAAACAUGACAAAAGGGGAAAAUCACACCAUUUGGACCCAUUUUUUUUUAGAGGGAUUUUCCAAGUAUCCAAAGUUAGAGAUGAUUCUGUUUGCAUUCAGCCUGGUGAUGUACCUGAUAACACUUCUUGGGAACAGCACUCUUAUUGUCAUCAGCAUCCUGGAUGUCCGUCUUCACACCCCCAUGUAUUUCUUCCUAGGGAACCUUUCCUUCAUGGACAUCUGUUACACGUCCUCUUCUAUUCCCACUUUGCUAGUGAAUUUGUUGGCCACAGAAAAAACAAUCAUCUUCUCGGGCUGUGUUCUGCAAAUGUACCUCUCUCUUGCCAUGGGGUCCACUGAGUGUGUCCUCUUGGCCAUGAUGGCAUAUGACCGGUAUGUAGCUAUCUGUAACCCUCUCCGCUACUCCAUUGUCAUGAACCAAAGGGUCUGUGUACAGAUGGCAGCCGGGUCGUGGAUAACUGGUUGUCUCACAGCACUCCUAGAAACAAGCUCUGCCCUGCAGGUGCCUCUCUGUGGAAACGUGAUCGAUCAUUUCACUUGUGAAAUUCUUGCCAUGCUGAAAUUGGCCUGCAGCACUUCCUUGCUCAUUGACAUGGUCAUGUUGGUGGUCAGUGUGCUCCUCCUUCCCAUUCCCAUGCUCUUAAUUUGUAUUUCCUAUUUUUUCAUCCUUUCAACCAUUUGGAAAAUUAAUUCAGCCGAGGGAAGAAACAAAGCUUUUUCUACCUGUGGAGCCCACCUGACUGUGGUGGUUCUGUACUAUGGGGCUGCCCUAUCCAUGUACCUCAAACCUUCAUCAGCGAGCUCACAAGAAACAGACAAAGUCAUCUCCUUACUUUAUGGGGUGCUGACUCCCAUGCUGAAUCCCAUCAUCUACAGCCUGAGGAACAAGGAGGUCAAGGAGGCUGCAAAAAAGUUCCUGAGGAGAAAUUCCCCUUUGUCAGAAACAUGA